AUGACUGCCCCAAACAACUACCAGCCACCCGCUCUCCCAGCAGACAUUAUCACCGAACUGAUCCUCUCCCUGGACCUCCCCCGACCGACCCUCGUCGAACCACUCCAAGUAUCCGCCGCCUUCCACACCAUCUACCUCAUCCACUUCAACCCCGACACGGCAGCCUCGAUCCCCGCCCGUCGUGAGCCCGAUGGGUCCGUCAUCCUCGUUCUCCGCGUUUCCGGACGGCAGUUGCCCAUGAUCAAGACCCUCAAUGAAGUCGGGGUCAUGACGUGGGUGCGCCAAAACACCCACAUCCCCGUUCCCGCAGUGGUGCGCUACUCCGCGACCGACGACAACCUGAUCGGACACGAGUUUACACUUCUCGAGAAGGCUCCUGGGGUGAGCGUGGAGAAAGUGUACCCGACUCUCAGCACGGAAAGCAAAACCAAGAUGGUGGAACAAUUGACCGACUACCUGAUCGAGCUACACUCCCACCCUUGGACCGACGGCUAUGUGGGCGGAUUAACGAUCCGCGACGGCGAGAUCGCAUCGGGGCCGCCGAUCGAGGAAACAUAUUGGCAGGCACCGGAUAUUGCUAAAUACUGGGAUGACAAGGAAACUUUGGAAUCGCUGAACCCUUUCAACCCGGACGGCUACCCCAGCUAUACGGCAUACAACGUCGCCUGUUUGGAGCGGUACAUCCACGCCAUCGAGAUACAUCCCUCGUUAGUGACACACCGUGAUCGUAUUCCCCGGCUACGGCAGUUGCUGGCGGCGCUGGAAUCCCCGGAACACAAAGAGGAGCUCAACCGGGUGACCUACGUGCUGGCACACAAGGACCUGCACUUUGCCAACAUUAUGUGCGACCCAACGGACCCAGAGUGUCCCAUUACUGGCGUGCUGGAUUGGGAGUUCUCCAGUGUGGUGCCGGCGCCUCGAUGGAACCCGGUGCGGGCGUUCGCGUGGAAUUACCGGUACGCGCCCGAAGACAAAGCGGAGCGGGAUCACCUGGAAGAGGUGUUUGCGGAGAUCUGUUGGGCCAAGGGGGCGGGCCACGUGCUGGAGGAGAUGAAGCCGAAUGGGCGGCAGGAGGCGAUGCAGAAGGCGAUCAACCACGUCCGGGCCAUUGUGGAGGUGUGUCCGCGGGGACAGGCUGCAGAGAAGGUGGACACGUGGUGGGCCACCGUCGAGGAAGCGAUGGCAGUCCUGGGGAUAUAA